AUGAAGAAUAAUGCUGACAAGCACAGGCGUGAACUCGAGUUUACCACUGGCGAUAAGGUCUUCUUGAAACUCCGCCCAUACCAUCAACAAUCAGUGACAAAGAGACUUUAUCAGAAACUCGCGGCUCGUUAUUAUGGCCCAUUUGAAGUUCUUGAGAAGAUUGGAGCUGUGGCAUACCGUUUAAAGUUACCAGAGGGGUCGAAGAUUCACCCGGUGUUUCAUGUGUCACUACUCAAACCAGUGUUAGGCUCUGAUCAUCAAGUCUUUCCUCUUCCUGAGUCUCUUGCAGUGAAUCCGGUUUUGGUAAUUGAACCUGAAGAGGUCUUAGACACACGUUAUAACACGGCGGGUCAAUUGGAGGGAUUGAUUCAAUGGAAAGGACUUCUGGCUCACGAGCAAACUUGUGUGCGUGCCUCCGACCUCAUACGACAGUAUCCCAAACUUGAGGACAAGCUUCUUGUUGGCGAGGGGGUAUUGUUAGGACGCUUAAUAGGUACGUGA